CUAAAACCCCGCUAAAUCCCUAAUUCCUUUCUUUCCCACUCGGCAGCUCGCUUACUCUCCUCUGCCGCCAUCAACACAAGUCACAAACCUAAACAGCGGCCGUUCAUAGCCUCCGCCGCGUCCUUCCUAGCUGCCCUCCUUCUCCGCAAAUCCUGGCGGCGCUUCUCACGUCUUCUUGCUGCCGCUAACCUAGCAAACAAGUUUCCCGUUCCCCAAAGACCGGCGAGCAAGAAAUUAGUCUCCAUGUCAGCUCUUCCGCAGCCGAAGAAGAACUACCGCUGCGUGCCGACGCUGCAGCAGGUCUACACUGGUGGUCCUUUCGUUUUCUCCUCUGAUGGCUCUUUCAUCGCCUGUGCUUGUGGCGAAACCAUCAACAUUGUUGAUUCUGGUGAUUUCUCGAUAAAGGGUACCAUCGAGGGCAACAAUGAGGCUGUUACGGCGCUCACGCUUAGUCCCAAUGAUAAACUGCUAUUCUCUGCCGGCCACAGCAGGCAAAUUAGAGUCUGGAACUUGUCCACUCUGAAAUGUGAGCGCUCUUGGAAGGGCCAUGAUGGUCCGAUUAUGGCCAUGGCGUGCCAUGCCUCCGGAGGGUUGCUUGCAACUGCAGGAGCUGAUAGGAAAGUUCUUGUGUGGGAUGUGGAUGGCCAUUUCUGUACUCAUUUCUUCAAAGGGCAUACAGGGGUUGUCACUUGUAUUAUGUUCCAUCCUGAUCCUAAUCGAUCUCUUCUUCUGUCUGGAAGUGAUGAUGGAGCUGUACGAGUUUGGGAUCUUCUUGGAAAGAAGUGUGUAGCGACACUAGCGAAGCAUUUUUCAACUGUGACAUCUAUGGCAGUCUCUGAAGAUGGUUGGACAUUGCUCACUGCUGGAAGGGAUAAGAGAUUUGUAUCUUUGUUUUAUUUACCAAACAUACUAUUAUUUCAGGUUGUGAAUGUGUGGGACCUGCAUGACUAUGCCUUCAAGACGACUAUACCUGCGUAUGAGGUGUUAGAAGCUAUAUGUAUAAUUCACACUGGGACCCUCUUUAGUUCAUUUCUGGGUGCACUCAGUCCACAUAAUGGAAAAGGCAUUAGUGAUACAUCAGCAAUUCAUUAUGUCACAGUUGGUGAACGUGGCAUUUUACGAAUAUGGAACUCUGAACGUGCAGUGUGUUUGUAUGAGCAGAAGUCCUCAGAUGUCACAGUCACCUCUGAAAUUGAUGAUGAGUCAAAAAGAGGCUUCACUGGUGCUGUAAUUCUUCCCCGUGAUGGAGGAUUGGUUUCUGUGACUGCUGAUCAACAGUUUCUAUUCUACUCUUCGAUUGCUGAUGGACAGUUGGUAUUAACCAAGAGGCUUGUUGGCGACAAUGAGGAAAUACUCGACAUGAAAUUUUUGGGCGAGGAGGAAAACUUUCUUGCUGUUGCUACAAAUCUUGAACAGGUCCGAGUAUAUGACUUGGCAUCUAAGUCAUGCUCCUAUGUUUUGUCAGGUCAUGCAGACAUUAUCUUAUGUCUUGAUACUUGCAUUUUAAGUUGUGGAAGGGUACUUAUUGCAACAGGAAGCAAGGACAAUACGGUUAGGUUGUGGGAUUCAGAAAGUCGGAAAUGUGUUGGUAUUGGCAAGGGUCACAUGGGAGGCAUUGGUGCUGUUGCAUUUUCAAGGAAGGAGAAAAACUUUCUUGUUAGUGGUUCCAGCGACCGUACAAUCAAAGUUUGGAGUUUCGAUGGCAUCUCUUAUGAUGUUGACCAACCAACUGGUUUGAAAGCGAAAGCAGUUGUAGCUGCCCAUGAUAAGGAUAUAAAUUCGCUGGCAGUGGCACCAAAUGAUCAUUUCGUGUGUACCGGUUCGCAGGACCGCACUGCUUGUGUGUGGAGGCUACCAGAUCUGGUGUCAGUGGUCGUACUCAGAGGACACAAGCGAGGAGUUUGGUCAGUCGAGUUUUCUCCCGUUGAUCCAUGUGUCAUAACAGGAUCAGGUGAUGCAACAAUAAAGAUAUGGAGCAUAGCUGAUGGAUCCUGCAUUAGGACAUUUGAAGGUCACACAUCAAGUGUAUUGAGAGCAUCAUUUCUCACUCGCGGCACCCAAUUUGUUUCAUGCGGAGCUGAUGGAUUGGUCAAACUAUGGACAAUUAAAACAAACGAAUGCAUCGCCACAUAUGAUCAACACGAGGACAAGGUUUGGGCCUUGGCUAUUGGGAAAAAGACAGAAAUGUUUGCAACUGGUGGUGGUGAUGCUGUAGUCAAUCUGUGGUAUGAUUCAACUGCUGCUGACAAGGAGGAAGCAUUCCGUGAAGAGGAGGAACGUGUAUUAAAAGGCCAAACAUUGGAGAAUGCUGUACAAGAUGGUGAUUUCUCAAAGGCUAUCCAAAUAGCAUUUGACCUCAAUAGGCCUCGGAAACUCUUUCAGUUAUUUUCUGAAAUCUGCAGGAAGAAAGAUGAUCGCCACCAGAUGGAGAAAGCUCUCUGUGAUCUUGGGCAGGAACAGUUGCGUCUGCUUUUCGAAUAUGCCCGCGAGUGGAACACAAAACCGAAGAUGUGUCAUAUCGCUCAACUGGUGCUGUUUCAAGUAUUCAGCAGCAUUUCUCCAUCAGUGAUCCUCGAGAUAAAGGGUAUCGGCGAGGUGCUUGAGGGACUGAUUCCAUAUACACAGAGACAUUUCAGCAGGAUAGACCGAGUUGUGAGGAGUACGUAUUUGGUCGACUACUCUCUGGCUGGAAUGGGGGUAGUGGAGGCAGAUGUUAAUGAUGCAAAGGAAGAUCGAAAAGGCAGCAGAGAGGAAGAAGAGCAAGAUCAUGCUCAGAAUAAUGGUGAAGCGUUGGAAGAUACAACCCGGACAAAGAAAAGGAAAUCCAGUAAAACUGGGAAGACGAAAAGUAAGAAACUGAAGGGUUAAGCUUAAUGAUCGACUGCCGUUUAUAGAUGUAAUGCGAGGGAAAGAUCACAGGAGAGAGAAAGGUGGUGUUAUGUCAAAUUUUGUUGAAGUGUUGUAUUGUCAGUGGAACUAAAAUCAUAUUCAAGAACUCAAGAUAUAAAUUAUGACGUGGCAAGCCGUGGAGUCUUUUGUUCAUAUCAGCUAAAUAGAGGUUGAAGUUAUGCGAUGUUCAUAUCGACAUAUCAAUGGGGCUGCCCGCGUGCAUUGAUGGCGAACAACAGUGUUCAUGUCAUCAUGUGAACAUGUAAACGGGUGAUGGGUGCAAGUCAGAAUAGGUAUCUUGAUAUUCAUAUAGGUCUUGUGACAAAUUGGGAUAUAUAGUUUCGAUACUUAUAUUUGUUUAAUUCUAGCUUAAAUAUUUUACCUUCGGGCGUGAGUCGAGACAUAUUAUACAAUAUAGGUAUGUAUUUUAAAUAAAGUUCAAGAAAUAUUAAUUUUUUCAUGCA